AUGGCUUCCCCCGGCAAGUGCUCGGGGAAGAGGUCGGCUGUUCUUCGGCGGCUGGCGCUCCUUGCCCUCGUGGCGGCGCCCUUGACGGACCGGGCUGGCGGGACCUUCUCCCUGGUGGGACGGGGCUUCCAUGGAGGGGAUCACCACACGUCACCGAAAUCCAGCAAAGCGCAUAUCAGGGAGGUGGCUGCCGCGUCUAUUGCCGGUGCAGUGCUCGAGGAUGUGGCCGUGGCCGCGCCUGCGAUGGAGAAGUUCCGGGCCAUCACCUCGAAGAACGUGGAAAGCUUCCUCAAAGAGCGCAUCGAUGCGUCCACUGGGGAGAAGAAGCUCAAGCUCGCACAGCGUUUGCAGGACAUACAGCUGGCCGCGCUGGUUUUUCCCUUUCGCUGCUCUUCUUAUGUCAUGGAGCACCUUAUCAACUGGGACCCGGAAGACUUGGACCAAGAUCCGAUGUACAGGCUCCUCUUUCCGACGCUCCAGAUGCUGUCCCGGCGGCAUCAGCAGCAGCUUCUGGAUGCGAGGGCUUCAGAGGAUCCUUUUGCGCUGGAAGCGGCGGUGAAAGCCAUCCGUAGCGACUUGAACCCGCAGCCCGCCGGGCAACUGACGCUGAAUCGGCCGAAAAGUGCUGCCCUCCAGGGGAUCCAACACAAGUAUGCAGAGACUUGUCUGCUUUUCCCCAGCGCUGGCCAGACGUGCCAUGCCUACUGCACUUACUGCUUCCGUUGGGCGCAGUUCAUCGGAGAUGACGAUGUUCGAUUGGCGCAGAAGGACUCUGUAGCCUUCCUGAGAUAUCUGGGGGAGCACCCUGAGCUCAGCGACGUCCUCAUCACCGGUGGGGAUCCUUUCAUCAUGCGGGUGGGUCUCCUGAAGUCGUACUUGGGGAAGUUCGUGGACCCGUCCUUCCUGCCGCACAUCCAAAACCUUCGAUUUGGAACCCGGACGCUGACCUUCUGGCCACAGCGCUUCACCAGCGAUCAGGAUGCGCAUGAGCUGCUGGACUUCCUGCAGCAGCUGGUGGAAGUCGGUGGACGAUCUGUUGACAUCAUGGCUCACAUCAGCCACGACGUGGAGCUCAGCACCCCGCACGCCGAGAAGGCUGUGAGAGCGCUGCAGGCUGCAGGGGCCACGAUCCGAUCGCAGUCGCCGAUCAUGAAGGGCAUCAACGAUGAUGCCGACGUCUGGGCCAGGAAAUGGAAGCGGGAGGUGCAAUUGGGCAUCAUCCCCUACUACAUGUUCCUUGCGCGAGACACCGGGGCGCAAGACUACUUCAGCGUACCGCUGGCCCGUGCACAUCAGCUUUACGCUGAUGCCAUCCGCCAGUCCUCUGGCCUGGCGAGAACGGCCCGAGGCCCGUCGAUGUCGUGCACGCCCGGCAAGGUUGAAAUUUCCGGCAUCGAGAUUGUCAAUGGCCAGAAGGCCUUUGUGAUGAGAUUUCUGCAGCUUG